AUGCCCCCUCCAAAUAAAAGAAAACGCCAUCUUGAGGCUGUGAGAAAAUCAAAAGCUGAGCAUGUGCGUUUAAAAAAAAAUAAGACAAUGCAUCAAUCUAAUGAUUUAUUGGAUUAUGAAUCA